CGGCGUCGCGGUCGGCUCCUCUAUCGGCCACGCCAUCGGCGGCAUGUUCAGCGGCGGCUCCUCGGCUCCCGCCGAGCCCACGGCCGCCGCGCCGUCCGAGCAGGCCCAGAACAGCCAGUGGGGCAACAACUGCGCCGGCGCCACCCAGAACUUCACAAAGUGCAUGGACGAGAACGGCGGCAACAUGCAGAUCUGCAACUGGUACCUGGAACAGCUCAAGGCCUGCCAGGCCGCCGCUAGCCAGUACUAGAGGAAGAGGUCGGGCAUGUCCAGAGCCUGGUUGGAUGCGCGUGGACAUUAUAUGGAAGGUUGCGAACCGGAUCAUAAAAGCCAGGCGGACUCUGCAUAGACUGGGCCUGUGACAAAGAAAGAGAAAGAAAAAAAAGAAGAAAUCAGAGUGGAGAAAAGCUACGCCUCGAGCAUCUGAACAUAGCGGCGUGCAAAGCCCUCACUUCUCCUUUUCCCUUGUGCUCUGUAAUAUUACACUAGCAUUGGACGACUCCGCUCCACAUCAUAUACAUACACCUGAUGAGACCAAGGCAGACUUGCUGCAAUAGCUGAUCCAAGACCCGUGAUGAAAGAAUGAUCAUUCCUCAUCGGGCCUCGGCUCAAAGUUGAGC